AUGGCCAUUGAAAUCACAGAAAAACAUGCAGUUAUCCAAGGGAUUUCUCUUGUUCAAGGCUCGGACAAAUAUUUUUGGUUCGUUCGGCCUCAAUUAGUUCUUCAUCUUAUCCAUUUCGCUCUAUUUCAGAAUGCCUUUCAAAUAACAUAUAUCUUGUGGAUAUGGUAUUCUUUUGGGCGGGAAAAUUGUUUCCAUGCCGAUAAAAGUAUUGCAAUAGUCAAAUUAGCAUUAGGGGUUGGGGUGCUAUGUCUUUGCAGCUACAUGAACCUUCCACUAUAUGCUCUUGUUACUCAGAUGGGAUCAAGAAUGAAAAAAUCAAUAUUUGAUGAACAAACAUCAAGAGCCUUAAACAAAUGGCACAAUCCUGUGAAAAGGAAGCACGGAUUGAAACUAGGAAAGUUGAGUGUGUGA